AUGGCACUCAAUUGGGCGACGCUCAGCCCUGCUCGCCAACCUACUCCACUGCCAAAUGAGCUCACUCUCCGCACCAUCGACUCUGGGGUUGAACUCACCCUCUUCAUACCCGAUGCGCCUCCCAGCGGUAGUACGACAUCAGGCGGCUCCGGUGGUGUGAAGAAGCUCAAGGAAAAUGGGAGGAUAUGGUUGACCGAUCAGCGAUUGAUCUUCGUCUCGGAUCUACCCGCGAAAGGUCCCCCCUCCUUCGAGUCACUCUCCGUCCCCCACCCCGCGCUCCUGUCCACAAAGUUCGAGCAGCCGCGCUUCGGCGCGAACUACCUCUCCUUGGAGAUCCGCGCGUCCCCGGGAGCUGGCCUCGUCGACGGCACGCGCGCCGAAAUCCGCCUCAAGGACAAGGGCAUGUUCGAGUUCGCCAGUUCUCUCGAGAAGACGCGCGAGCGCGCGAUCUACAUGAAGCGACAAUCUGCCGAGGACGAGGAUGGCCUGCGUAACACACCUGGACCGAGCGGGGCGUCGUCACCCUACGUGCCCGCUGACAUCCCGUCAGAGAACCCGCCGGGCUACGACGACUAA